AUGGGAGAGUCCAGCCCGGCCGCAGUUCCCACUGCCGUCGAUCCACAACCAAGUCUCCCUGUGCAUCCCAGCAAUGGAACUCCCGCGCUCAACAGCUCCGCCAAGUUCAAGUGCGCGGACCAGUAUCUGGGUCAGGGGCGGCCGAUGAAGAUUAUCGUCGUCGGCGCCGGCCUCAGUGGCAUCGCGGCCGUCAAAAUCUUCAAAGACACAUUCACCGACGGGUCGGUGGAGCUGGUCAUCUACGAAAAGAACUCGGACGUGACGGGGACGUGGUUGGAGAACCGUUAUCCGGGUUGCGCUUGCGACGUGCCGGCACACGCAUACACCUUCAGCUGGGAAGGGAAUCCGCGGUGGUCGCGCGCCUAUGUCGGCUCGCUGGAGCUCUAUGAGUACUUCAAAGGCCGCGCCGUGGCGUACGGGGUGGACAAGUUCGUCAAACUCAACAGUCGGGUCAAGGAGGCCGUCUGGAACGAGAGCGAGGGCAAGUGGAAAGUGCAGAUCGAGGACGUGACGUCGGGGACCACCUUCUCGGACGAAGCUGAGGUUCUGAUCAACGCGGCUGGAUUUCUAAACAAGUGGAAGAUGCCCGAUAUCCCCGGUCUGGAGAGUUUCCGAGGGAAGUUGAUCCAUUCCGCACAAUGGGACGAGGCAUAUUCCCUCGACGACAAGGUCGCUGGCAUCAUCGGCACGGGGUCGUCUGCCAUUCAGAUCAUCCCGCAAAUACAGCCGAAGGUCAAACACUUGACAUCCUUCAUUCGCUCCUCGACAUGGAUCACACCAGAGUUUGCCGCCGAGUUCGCCCCCGAGGGACGGACGGCCUUCUUCUCAGAACGACAAAAGGAUGAGUGGGCGCAGGACAAGGACAAGUUCCUCGAGUAUCGAAGGAAGGUCGAGUCGACCAUGAACAAAUUCUUCGACAUGCAGUUCAAGGACUCGACGCUGCAGAAGGACGCAUACGAAAACUUUCGCAAGACUAUGCGAGAGCGGUUAUCGAGAAAGCCCGAACUCGCUGAACUCAUGAUCCCCACCUUUGGCGUUGGCUGUCGAAGAGUCACUCCUGGCCACGGAUAUCUUGAAGCACUCACAGAAGACAAUGUUACUGUGCGGAGUGACGGAAUUGUCGCAAUCACAGAAGAUGGCGUGCGCAUGAACAAGGGCGAUACCAUCAAGCUGGAUGUCCUGAUCUGUGCGACGGGCUUCGACACAAGUUUCCGCCCGCCCUUCCCUCUGAUCGGCCGAGAGGGUCGCGAUCUCAGGGACGAAUGGGCAGAGGAACCGCGGUCAUACUGCUCCAUCGCGGCUUUGAAUAUGCCCAAUUAUUUUAUCGUCAGCGGGCCCAAUUUCCCCUUGGCGAACGGCUGCCUCCUCCCCUGUCUCGAGACAAACAUCAGGUACGCCUUCACGGCGGUACAGAAACUGCGGUACGACUCCAUCAAGGCCGUCGUGCCCAAGCCGCAGGCCGUCGACGACUUCCAGGAGUUCAAGGAUGCGCUCAUGGAGGACCUCGUCUGGACCGACCACUGCGUCUCAUGGUACAAGAACGGCAGGGCCGAAGGCAAAGUCUGGGGUCCGUGGCCCGGAUCGUCGCUCUCGUACCUGGAGUUGAUGGCCCGGCCGCGCUGGGAGGACUGGGACUUUACAUACCUGCGACCGAACCGGUUCAGCUUCCUCGGACGGGGCAAGACGGAGCGUGAGUGUCGCGGCGGGGAUCUGGCUUAUUAUUUGACAGAGCCGGGGGCCGCAAAAUCUGCCUAG